ACCGCGGCCGUUACGGCGUUUAGAAGUUUCGCGCGCGCGAUUUAAAACCAGCUCCUGUAAAACGGAAGACAAAAUGGGACCUCCAUGCCCAGAACGGAUGUUCUCAAUGCCUCUGCCGAGGAAAGCCCCUCUCAAUACUCCAAGCACCCCGAUAUUUGAAGACUUUCCUCAGAAUGACGAUGAAAAGGAGCGAAUGCAACGGAGGCGCUCCAAGGUCUUUGACCUGCAGUUCGGCACAGACUCACCUCAUUUGUUAGCUUCUCCCUCCAGUAGGAGUGUUGACAGUUCAGCUACAAUCUCUAAAUUUACAAACACACAGAUAACGGAGCAUUACUCCACUUGUAUCAAAUUAUCCACUGAAAAUAAAAUCACUACCAAGAAUGCUUUUGGCUUGCACUUGAUUGAUUUUAUGUCAGAGAUUCUUAAGCAGAAAGACACUGAACCGACCAACUUUAAAGUGGCUGCUGGCACUCUGGAUGCCAGCACCAAGAUCUAUGCUGUGCGUGUAGAUGCUGUUCAUGCCGAUGUAUACAGAGUCCUUGGGGGACUGGGCAAGGAUGCUCCAGAAGAAGUGGAGAGCAGUGGUGCAGAUAGAAGUGCUGCUGAAAUGGGAACGACGAAAAAGCCACCAAAGCCAAAAAAGAAGCACUCAUACAAAACCAUUGAGCAAAAUAUUAACAACCUCAACGUCUCCGAAGCAGAUAGAAAGUGUGAGAUUGAUCCCAUGUUUCAGAAGACUGCAGCCUCAUUCGAUGAGUGUAGCACAGCAGGGGUCUUUCUCUCUACUCUCCACUGCCAUGACUAUAGAAGUGAGCUGCUUUUUCCUUCUGACAUGCAGACUCUCUCUACUGGAGAACCUCUUGAGUUGCCCGAUUUAGGUUGGGUGGAAAUGACAGACUUAAAAGCCCCCUUGCAGCAGUGUAUAGAAGAUCGCCAGAUCUGCCCUUCCCUGGCCGGGUUCCAGUUUACUAAGUGGGACAGUGAAACACAUAAUGAGUCUCUGUCAGCCCUGGUAGACAAGUUUAAGAAGAAUGACCAGGUAUUUGACAUCAAUGCCGAGGUGGAGGAGAGUGACUGUGAGGACUUCCCUGAUGGGCCCUUACAGGAUGACUUUGAUGCCAACGAUGAACCCGACCUCACCACAGUUGGGAAGCACGAUGAGUUCAGGAGCUGGAAGGAGCCCUGCCAGGUCCAAAGCUGCCAGGAAGAUAUCAUUCCCCUUGGAGAUGGAGACAUUAGAACGAUGUGCCCCCUUCUAUCCAUGAAACCUGGAGAAUAUUCCUAUUUCAGUCCCCGUACCAUGUCCAUGUGGGCUGGCCCGGACCAUUGGCACUUUAGACCUCGACACAAACAAGAAACUUCCUCGCAAUCAGAGAACAAAAAGAAGAGUACAAAGAAAGAUUUUGAAAUUGACUUUGAAGAUGAUAUUGACUUUGAAGUGUAUUUUCGAAUAACAAAGGCUGCUACUGUUCUGACCAAGUCCACUUUGGAGAACCAGAAUUACAGAGCCACCACUCUUCCUACAGAUUUCCACUAUGAGGUUGAUAAUCUUGUCCAGCUGUAUCUCAAACCAGGCAUCAGGUUACUUAAGACGCCCCAGGACCGGAAGACAGGAACUGAGCAAUAUGAAGAAAUUGAAGACUAUGAUUACAAUAAUCCUAAUGACACCUCCAACUUUUGCCCUGGGUUACAGGCUGUUGACAGUGAUUAUGAAGAGUCAGAUGACCUAUUUGUGGGACCAGCUGGGGCCUUUGACCUUACACCUUAUCCUUGCCAUCCACCUAAGACAAUGCAAGAGAACAAUGAUGCUCCCGAAAUCCAAGGAUUGGACAUCAUGACCUAUGGGGAAUCAAAUCUGAUAGCUGAGCCUCAGAAGGUAAAUAAGAUUGAAAUUCAGUAUGCCAGGACUGCCAAAAAGAUGGACAUGAAGAAGCUGAAGCAAAGCAUGUGGAGUUUACUUACAGAGCUCUCAAAGAAGCAAGCAGACGCAGAGGCAAACCAUAGUGAAAUGGAAAACGAAGAGGGCCUGGUGGAGGUGGCUGAUGAGAAAUUAUUCAGUGGGCUCGCAAAGGAUCUGAAGAAGAGCCUGCCUCCCCUCAUGGCUCAGAACCUCUCCAUACCUCUGGCUUUUGCCUGUCUCCUACAUUUAGCCAAUGAAAAGAAUCUGAAGCUGGAAGGAACAGAGGAUCUUUCUGAUGUUCUUGUGAAGCAAGGGGAUUGA